AUGACGUUAUCUAUACCGAGAGUUGGCUGGUAUGGCCUCGGAUCGAUGGGUCUCGGCAUGUCCCUGAAUCUACAGAAGCACUUCCGCGCGAAUGGCUUGCCACCACUUCGUUACAGCAACCGCACACUGUCAAAAGGACAUGUUCUUCGUGACGCAGGAGCCAUACCUGAGGAAAAUUUUGAAAGUGUCGUCCAGAAAUCAGAUGUAAUUUUUACAAUGAUCUCUACCGAUGAUGUCUUAAUUCAAUUAUUGACUAAAGCCCUGGCCACGAGCAAUUCAUUGGAAGGCAAAGUAUUCGUGGAUACUUCCACAAUUCAUCCAGACACAUCUGGGUGGGCUGCACAAAGUCUCAUUAAACACGGAGCAUCAUUUGUUGCAGCACCGGUAUUCGGUGCAAGCCCCGUGGCAGCUGCUGGGAAACUGAUCUUUGCGGUGGCCGGAUCUGCCAGGGCAGCCGAGACAAUCAAGCCUCUCAUCAUGAAGAUAAUGGGACUGAGCAUCAUUGAUAUGGGAGAAGACGUACGCAAGGCUAGCCUUCUUAAGAUUUCAGGAAACAUUCUCGUCAUUAGUUUCAUGGAAGUGGUCGCCGAAGCCCAAAUCUUUGCUGAAGUAACAGGAAUUGGCAGUCAACAACUGGAAGAGUUCAUCGGCAACAUGUUCGGCCCGGUGCUGGAAAGCUACUCAAAACGUAUUACGAGUGGCGCGUAUGCGCCGCCUCUGGACACGGUUCCAGGGUUUGCGGCUGCUCUUGCGUGUAAGGAUAUGAAGCACGCUCUCUCUAUUGCUGCUAGUCAUAAUACUCGUCUUCCGACGCUUGAGGUCGCCUCGAGCCGCUUGAAUUCUGCGCGAGAACAUGCUGGCGAGUGUUUGGAUAGUGCGGCUAUCUAUGGAGCUGCGCGGAUGGAGGCGGGAUUGCCGUUUUGGAGUCGCAAUAGUCGGCAGGGGAGUUGA